GUAAAGCGUCAGUGGAAAUUACCUUUAUUUAAAAUACUGGGACUAUGUAAAAGGAAACGUAUAGAACUAGGAUGAGUGUGAAUUUUGUCAGCACACAACUCCGACAGAGAAUUCUCUGGUUGAUAAAGGAAUCUUUCAUCUAUAAACUAGCUCCCCCAUAUUUCUUCCCCUGUUGUUUUAUUGGAUGGCGUGGCAUUUUAGUCAGGUUCUUAUGUCUACAGAUAAAUAGCCACUGUGCCUAAACAUACUUUACUACUUCAAAACCAGGAACUUACUGUGCAGUCCCUAUUGAGUCAGAUCAAGGAAGAAAUGAGAUCUUGUUCAACUGUCUUUCAUGUAUUACUAUAGAGAAAAAUCUAAUUUCUUUCUUAUUUGGCUUAAAGGUAGGUCUGAUUCUGAGAGCGAGUUAAUUCAUUCCUUUUAGACUUUUGAGACAGACUUUCAUGUAGCCCAGCUGACCUUGAUCUUACUGGGCAGAUGAGGAGGACCCUGCACAUCUGACUCUCCUGCCCUAAUAUCCUAAAUGCUGACAUUACCUAAUGGUUUAAGUGAUUCUUUUUAUGCUCAGUAUUUGGGCAUUCUGUCUCUCAUUCAUGUGAUUCCCCUUGUCUGAUUCUCUGUUUCUCUGUUUCUCUGUUUCUGUUUCUCUGUUUCUGUUUCUCUGUUUCUCUCUCUGUUUCUCUCUCUGUUUCUCUGUUUCUCUGUUUCUCUGUUUCUCUGUUUCUCUCUCUCUCUCUCUCUCUCUCUCUCUCUCUCUCUCUCACGCACACACACACACACACACACACACACACACACACACGAAUCUCUCCUACUCAUAUCCUUAAGAGUUAUUAUCUCAGUCUACCCACCCAUACCCAUUUAUCUUAUCAUUCUUUCACAAACAUACUGUUCUUUGUCCAAAAAGUGUAAAACAUCAUGUUUUUGUCAUUUCUUUGGAUUUAUCUUGUUCCUAUGUACAUAUAAUUUUAAUAAAACUUUUAUCCCCUUUUCUUGAUAAUGUUUCCUAUGUUUAUUGCAUGUAGAAGAAUUCUCUAUACUUACUGAGUUCUUGGGCCCAUCUAAAGGUUCCACUGGGCCAGGAGUAAGGCAGAAGUGAUCUCUUCCUCUUCUACAAUACUGUUUUUUUUUAAAGAAGAAAAAUAUCCAUGACCACCUUUUGGAAGUUUUAAACUUCCAGGUGAUAGCUGCAAAGGGGAAAGAAUUUUGGAGAAAUAUUUACAGUUAUAACUUGUAUAAAUUCUAAUAUCAAGAUUGAUACUUAACUCAGCAAGCCCAAUAUAUGUGUUGGUUAUUUUUUUUAAACUGUUAGACUUGCUGGAUGCUAAUCAUGAAAUAUGACUGAAUCAUCCAGCUGACUAGACAGUGUCUGGGCAGUAUUUUAAUGUAAAAUGGGGUCAGAGUUGAGAAGAACUGGGUAAAUAUGCAAGGAUCUAGGCCUGGGGGAAAUAUCAAGGACAAAAGACUUUUAUUGUUCAAACUGUGCAUUAACGUUUUCCAUUAAUGAGUUCACGUAUCUUUCAAAAAACUUCUAAAAUGAACUCUCAGACCUCUGUGCUGAACAGAUCUCUGGGAAAAGUGAAACCUCUAUGAUGUCAUCACUGCACCUCUAAUGUUACAAUGGAAAUGUAAAGCUUAGGUAGAAAUGGUGGCUAGACACAGGCUUGCCCUCCUAUAAUCCUAGCACUUGGAAGCUGGGUCAGGAAGAUCACGAUUUCAUGAUCAGCCUGGGCAUACUACAACUUUACUUAAAAAAAUUAGUCAAUGAUAAAUAAAUAAGUAUACAAAUAAAUAAUUAAACAGAAAUGGUACCAUAUGUGGAGAAUAAACAAUUCCAAUCUGUGGAAUAGACCGACUGUUGGGAUUGAUAGUUCUUAGAUUUAUUUUAUAGACUCUUGCUAGGGUUCAGCUUGUAAUUUUGUGGUAGCACAUGGGCUCAAUCCUAGUACCAUUAAAUUAAAUUAAGCUAAAUUUAAUUUAAAAGAUAAAAUCUUGCUAAAAUUGCAGCCCAUGCUCGAUGUUACUGAUUCAGAGAUAACAAGUUGUGGUUUAUUACUUUUUAACAAGAAUAUGUCUAUACACUUCUGUGUUGCUCUAGUCUAUUAUUUUGAAAAGAGGUGAGCUUUAAACAAAGUUAAUAUUUUGUAUGUGCUAACACAAAACUCAAAUCAUAUCAUAUGGAGUUUUAAAAUGCUCUUUCCCCAUCUGUUGUGUGUUUUUAAUGCUUAUUGUGUUCAUAGAGAUGCUGGAGAGAAUAAUUUCAUUAACGUGGACUUAAAACUGGCAAGGGAUGUCUUCAAGAUGUUAACAGCAGAGAAAUGGAUUUCCUCCUUGGUAACAGCCAUUAUUUAUUUCACUUAACAGAGAUACAGCACAAUCACAGUUCUUUAUAGGAAUAAAUAUAACAGCAGUUUAGUUUUGGUGGGAGGUGGGUAAUGAGGACCUGUGCAUGGGGCUGAACCUGUGCAUGAAUGGCUAGUCAUCAUUACAAAGUACUUUAGUCCAGACAUGGUGAUAAGUGAUACAUUCUUAUUAAACCAUUAAAUGCACAACAGAUAUAGUCUUUUGUUUUCAAUAUGAAGAAAACAAUACUGAGACAUGAAGCUUCUUUCUAGCAAUGCAUAUGGAAAGAACAGGGCUUGGGAAGCAGGACACCCUCUCUGGUGAACGGUCAAAAAGCUCGAUGUCUGUUUUGAGAUAACCACUUGUCUUGAGGAGACUCUGCUUAGAGGUCUUCCAUACAGCUCUCCACAUCAAGAAGCUCUAUUAGUUUUUCUUUUGCUCCCGGAAUGUUCCAUUAUGCAGGAUCCCAAGAACUGGAAGACACUGGCAUUUGAAUUUGCAAGCGCUAUUCAUAAAAUGAGGUCAAAGUCAUUAACAUUCCUGAGAAACUGGUGGGCAUCUUUGGAAGUUUCUUCUCUGAACUCACUGGUCCAGAUGCUAAAGAAAACCAUCGUCUCUCAACUGCAUAAUGAAGUUCCAAUGAUGAAGGAUACGUCUAACCUUAAAGUUUCUUUAGAAAUGAUGAAAGAAGUGCAAAAGAUACUAGAGAAAACCAACUCUCAUCUUCAUAAUGAAGUUCCAAAGAUGGAGGAUACGUCUAAUCUUAAAGUUCUCUUAGAAGUGAUGAAAGAAGUGCAUGAGGCUAACUGUCAACUUCCAGAAAAUGCUUUCAUCAUGAAUGACAUCUUUAACUUCAAUACAGAAGAAGGAAUAAUGGCCAAACAGCAAAUGUUCUUUAUAAAAUACUAUUCUAUGGUUUUCAAUGAUUUUCCAUUUAUCCUUGAUUUGCCAUCCAAAAUUAUAUUAAUGAAACAUGACUCAUCUGUAAAGCUGUCGGAUGAAGUCAAAGUCGCUGCAUCUCCAGAAAAGAUGGGAUGCCCGUUCUUUAUACUGAAAGUCAGACGAAGUCAUCUGGUGGAAGACACCUUGCGUCAAUUAAGACAAGCUGAAGAUUUUGACCUUAGGAAGACACUAUCGGUCGGAUUUAUUAAUGAAAUUCGUCCUGAGGGUGGGGGAGUAAGUUCUGAGUUCUUCCACUGUAUAUUUGAAGAGAUGACAGACCCCAAAUAUGAAAUGUUCAUGUAUCCUGAAAAUGGUUCCAACAUGUGGUUUCCAGUCAAUCCCAAGUUUGAGAAGAGCAGAUAUUUCCUCUUUGGGAUCUUAUGUGGACUCUCCCUAAAUAAUUUAAAUGUUAUCAACCUCUCUUUCCCACUGGCUUUAUAUAAAAAACUUUUGGAGCAAAAGCCAUCUUUGGAAGAUUUAAAAGACCUUAGUCUUCUCCUGGGGAGGAAUUUGCAAGAAGUUCUAAAUUGUGAGGCUGGUGUUAUUGAAGAACUUCACAUGUAUUUUUCUAUAUACUGGGAUCAAAGAGAUGUUGAUUUAAUUCCAGAUGGGAUCUCUGUGCCUGUGAAUGAAACAAACAAGAGAGACUAUGUGUCCAAGUGUGUUGAUUACAUUUUUAACAUUUCUAUAAAGACAAUUUAUGACGAAUUUCAUAGAGGAUUUUACAAGGUGUGUAACCGGGACAGUAUUAGGCAUUUCCAGCCUGAAGAACUAAUGGCAGCAAUAAUUGGAAACCCUACUUGUGACUGGAAACAAUUUGAAAAUAAUUCAAAGUAUGAAAAUGGAUAUUCCAAAUCACACCCAACUAUUCUACUGUUUUGGAAGGCUUUCCAUGAACUAACUUUGGAUGAAAAGAAAAAGUUCCUCUUGUUUCUUACAGGAUGUGAUAGGCUACAUGUAAAAGGCCUACAGAAUGAAGGAAUAAGAUUCCGGUGUCCUGAAGUUUUCAGUGAAAGAGAUAACCCAAGAUCAUUGACAUGUCACAGUAUUCUAGACCUGCCUAAGUAUUCCACAAUGAGAAGGAUGAAGGAAGCACUUCAGGUUGCAAUCAACAAUAACAAGGGGUUUAUCUCACCGGAAUGAUGCAGAAGCAUUCACCUCCCAGCAGUCCACAGCCUCAGGGAUUAGGUCUUUUACUUUGGGGUUCUUCUGUCUUUCCUUAAUCUAAUUAGGGACAAGAGAUUAAAGGAUUUUACUUUAGUUUUUGAGAUAAAUAAGUUAUAAAAUAAUAUUUUAGUGAAAGAAUUCUAUAAAACAUUUGCCACAUUCCUAACAUUGCUCUUUUAGAAUGUUUUGGCUGCAAUAUUUUCUGAACAAACUAUGUUCCUUUAAUAAUAUACUAAAUAUUUAAAAUGUUCAAGACUAGGGGCUAAAGAGAGAACUUAGUGGUUAAGAUCACUGGCUGCUCAUCCAGAGGCCAGGGCUCAAUUCCCAGCACCCACAUAGCUGCUUACAUCCUGUCUGUAAUCCCAGUCUUAGGGGAUCCAACACUCUCCUCUGGCCUCCAAAACACACCAUGGAUAUGGUGCAUAGACAUACAUGCUAAAAACACCUAAAAUAUAUAAAAUAAAAUAAAAUAAAAUAAAAAAUAAAAUAGUAUUUACUUAUUUAAAGUGUUAUUGUACCAAUAAUAAACUAUUAGUUUAAAAGUAUUAAGAAACCAAGUUUGGAAAAGAUAAGCAAAAUAUGUACUGCUUUCAACAGUUUUUGAAGCAUAUAGAUGUAUAUUUUGUAUUAAGGAAUAUAUUUAGAGUUGUGAUUUUAGUAAAUGCUAAAUGAUUUAUUUUCAACUUCUAAGUGUUGAUAUUUAUUACUAUUUAAAGAUACUUAUACUUAGUGCUCCAAAAUACAUUCUAAAUAUAGAUCCUGUUAUUACACCUACUUCUGUUUGGUAAAAUGUGAAGAAGUUGAAAUAUGUCUUAUUAUGAUGCUAUAGAGUAAAUUAACAAAGCAACAUAACUGCUAUGGGAAAAGACCAAUACAUCUUGUAUACUAGUUCUACUUAAUGUUAAAACUUAAAUUGCAUUAUACAGUUUUGAAAUGAUUUCAUAAACUCAUAUAGUUUGUUGUAAGAAUGACAUAUAUGCUGCUGUGACGACCCCUCUUCAUUAAAGCUCCAUUUCUAUAAGGCUGUUUUAUCUUUAUAGACUUAUCAGACUUUAUGUGUUUACUGGAUUCCAAAGUGACCAAAUAAACUUAUUAAAAAUAGAUCAUUUAAAGAUAAUAAAA